UGUGAGAGACAGGUAGUUAUACAGCGUAUUGCACAGGGCGAAGUGUUCAGCGCCAGUCCUUCCUUCACUCCUCGGUGAAGCUUCAGCCUUAGGUGUCAGUUGAGGAUACCAUGGCCAAGUGAUGAUGUGAUUUCCGUUGAGCAGCGCCAGGGAGUUUUUACUAAUUAUUAUGGUUGUAUCGAAAUUGGAGUACCGUAUGUGUGUGGCAGAUUGGCAGAAGUUUAUAACUGUGAUGGAUACCGCGUCUUUGAUGGAUUUCCGUCGCCCCCCGGCCCCCUGCACGUGUUCAGAGACGCUCCACACCUGUCUUGGGGGGCCUUUCAGUGUGGUACGGAGAUGCCUCCACAAGGAGACCGCCCAACAAUUUGCCGUCAAGAUCGUGGAUGUCGCCAAGUUCACUUCCAGCCCUGGCCUUGGAACGGAAGAUCUGAAGCGAGAGGCCAGUAUCUGUCACAUGCUGAAGCAUCCCCACAUUGUGGAGCUACUGGAGACCUACAGCUCCGAGGGCAUGCUGUAUAUGGUCUUCGAAUAUAUGGAUGGUGCUGAUCUAUGUUUCGAAGUCGUUAAACGGGCAUCGGCAGGGUUCGUCUACAGCGAAGCAGUCGCCAGUCAUUACAUGCGGCAGAUCCUGGAGGCGCUGCGAUAUUGCCAUGCCAACCAGAUCAUACACCGAGACCUCAAACCUCAUUGUGUCCUGCUUGCUUCCAAAGAAAAUUCAGCACCUGUCAAACUCGGUGGAUUUGGGGUUGCCAUGCAACUUCCUGAAGAUGGCAAAGUUUCUGGAGACUCCCUAUUAAGGCUUGAAGUUGAACCCCUGUUAGACUUACGGGAUGAUGUAGUGGGCCGAGUGGGUACCCCCCAGUAUAUGGCCCCGGAGGUGAUCAAGCGCGAGCUCUACGGGAAGCCCGUGGAUAUGUGGGGGGCUGGCGUCAUGCUAUUCAUCCUUCUCAGUGGUUAUCCCCCUUUCUGUGGAACCAAAGAGAGGCUCUUUCAUCUCAUACUCAAAGGCAGCUAUCACAUGAGACCCAAACAGUGGAGUGGCAUAUCGGAAGGAGGCAAGGAUUUAGUACAACAGUUGUUAGAGCUCGACCCCGAGAAGAGAAUAACCAUUGACGAUGCCUUGGAACAUCCGUGGAUAAAGGAUAAGAAGACAACUCCAAAAGUUCACCUCCAUGAAACAGUGGAAGCACUGAAAAAGUUCAAUGCAAGGAGAAAAUUAAAGGGUGCCAUCAUGGCAGCAGUGUCAAGUUCAAAGUGGACCAACUUUUACAAUGAUCCAACUCCGGCAGAAGAAAACAGCGAAGAGGAAGUCACAUCUGCAGCAGUGUCCCAGGUCCUAGACUCGCUGGAGGAAAUCGAGUGUCUGGCUGACUGUACAGAGCAGGAGAAGGACUUCUUCGAGAGCGUCUUCCAAGAUACUAAACUACAUUCUCUUCUUGAGCUUUAUGACAAGAUCAACACGAAGUCCUUUAGUCCCACACGUCGACCAUCCUCUGAAGCAGUACCUCGAGCCAAGGAGGUAAGGGACAUGGUGCUGCGCCUGCUGCAGGACUCCUCCGACACCUAUGCAUCUGAAUGUAACGAGUUGAAACAGCUCCUGCAUCAGCCCCACCUAAUGGCCCUCCUACAAGCACAUGAUGUUGUAGCCCAUGAAGUGUACAGUGAGGAUGCUGUGCGGGCUACACCGCCGCCACAGCCGCCAUACCUGAACGGAGACACAGAGCCUGAGCUUACAGAGAACAGCAUCGACAUGGACAACUUGACACGCGUCCGCCUCGUGCAGUUUCAGAAAAAUACGGAUGAGCCAAUGGGUAUAACAUUGAAGGUCAACGAGGAAGGAAGAUGUUUUGUUGCCAGAAUUAUGCAUGGUGGAAUGAUCCAUAGGCAAGGCACGCUUCACGUCAGCGAUGAAAUCAAGGAAAUCAACAACGUCAGUGUCCAGAACCAACCCGUGGAAACCCUGCAACGCAUGCUGCGAAACUUGCGAGGCUCUGUUACAUUUAAAGUGGUGCCAUCUGUUGGUGGAGCUCAGAAAGUAGAGUCUGGAAUUGAGAUCUAUGUGAGAGCGAUGUUUGAUUACGACCCACGCGAUGAUGACCUGAUACCGUGUUCACAAGCUGGUGUUCCAUUCAAAGUUGGCGAUAUCCUCCGGGUGAUAAGCAAGGACGACUCCAACUGGUGGCAGGCCCGCAAGGCUGACAGUGCACCCACAGAACCAGCAGGCCUCAUUCCAUCGCCGGAACUGCAGGAGUGGAGGACAGCCUCACUGGCUAUAGAGAGAGCAAGGAGAGAGCAUUCAGUCCACUGCUCGUGGUUCGGUCGGAAGAAGAAGGACAAGUACCUGGCCAAGCACAAUGCGGUGUUCGACCAGCUGGACCUGGUGACGUAUGAGGAGGUGGUGCGGCUUCCGGCCUUCGUCAGGAAAACUCUUGUCUUACUAGGUGCUCAUGGAGUUGGGAGACGACACAUAAAGAAUACACUAAUCACAAGUCAUCCAGAUAGGUUCGCCUACCCAAUACCUCAUACAACCCGCCCCCCUCGGGAAAACGAAGAAGAUGGCAAGAACUAUCACUUUGUAACUCACGAGAAGAUGGUGGCCGACAUUGCUUCCAAUCAGUAUCUGGAAUACGGCACACACGAAGACGCCAUGUAUGGCACCAAGCUGGAGACGAUUCGCCAGAUUCACAAACGAGGUCUCAUGGCUAUCUUAGACGUAGAACCGCAGGCCUUGAAGGUUCUCAGGACUGCCGAGUAUGCGCCUUUUGUCGUUUUCAUUGCUGCGCCAAGGGCCAUAGAUUUAAAAGAGAUGAAAAAUGUCAAUGAUGGCAGUUUGGAGCGACUUGCACGAGAAAGCGAACUUUUGGAGAAGGCAUACGGACAUUAUUUUGAUUACAAGAUUGUGAAUAAUGACAUUGACGAGACAAUAAGAACACUAGAGAAGGCGAUCGAAGACGUAAGUGCAACGCAACAAUGGGUGCCAGUCAGUUGGGUCUACUGAAUGUCCAAGAGUCAAUCAAACCAAAUAUGGAUGCCUUAUUGUACAGAACGCCGAGUUGUGUGGACGUAACGCCAUGUGCAGCAGCCGUUCAUGCUGUUAACAUGUUGUGUCCUACGUAGGACGCGGGCUGUAACGGCAGCAGCUGCAUCGACAGGAUCCGCAUUGUGUCGCACUCAGCCCGGCAAUCUUGGUUAGUCAUCUUCUACAGACCAAACUUCACAAGUGAUUUUCAAUCUGAUUGGAGCAACAGUUUGCCACAGCUCGACUGUGAUUGGUGGAAAUGAAUAAGGAAAUAGGAUUGGUCGACGAGAUUUGUGUUCUCGACACCCUACUGAUACAAAAUACAGUGUGAUGUUUGAUUGGUUGUAGGAAAGAAGCUAAGAUGUUCUGAUUGGUGAAAAAAGUAUAUUGCUUACCUCUGAUUGGUUGUUGGUUAGGGAUCUACUCACUGAUUGGUGGAUUCAAGUUGAUUCUGAAAGCUGAUUGGUGGAGCCUCUGCUCCUGGAAAGAAGAAUGAUAUACCUGAUAAUAAGCUGGACUUCCAAUUUACUAGAUUGAGUAGUUUAUUCCAGUAAAUAAACAUGUUUACAAGA